GUGAAGCCAACUAAUACGGAAAAGUAUUUUAUUAUUAUUUUUAUUGUUGAGAUAACAAAAUAACAAUAUAAAAAUAAAAUCACGGUCCAAUGCUGCCUAUCAAUCGCUUCUCUGUUUUCCGUCCAAAUCAAACACCGCUGUCUUCCUUUUCUUUCCCGGGAAACAAACAAACAAAACAAACUCACAGCCCGUACUACGCGUCCAUGUACAAAGUAACUCAGGUUGACACCCAUAUCCGCCUUUCUCAUUUUCUUUUCUUCUUUCUCUGGGAAAUCUUGGAUCAGGGUUUUAGAACUUUCUAGUUUUUUUUUUUUUUCUUUCUCCUUUUUCUUUUUUUCUGGGUUUUCUCUUUCUGGGUCAUAUGGGUUCCAGUUUCUCUUUGCUCACUUCAGAACCAGAUGGGUCUCUUCCUUCGCAAUCAAAACCUGGUCUUGGUGACUUGCCUGAGGGUUGUGUGGCUUUGAUUCUUGAAUAUUUGGAGCCGCAAGAGAUUUGCAAAUUGGCGAGGCUGAAUCGGGCUUUUCGUGGAGCUUCUUGGGCCGAUUUCGUUUGGGAAUCGAAAUUGCCAUCGAAUUAUGAGGGUAUUGUUCGGAAAGUGUUCGGUGAUUCUGUGGGAAAUUUGGGUAAGAGAGAGAUUUUUGCGAAGCUUUGUCGGCCCAAUACUUUUGAUAAGGGGACCAAGAAAGUCUGGCUGGAUAAAAGUACAGGUGGUGUUUGUAUGUCAAUUUCUUCAAAGGGAUUAGCAAUCACAGGGAUCGAUGAUCGAAGAUAUUGGAAUUAUAUUCCAACUGAAGAAUCAAGAUUUCGCACUGUUGCAUAUCUCCAGCAAAUUUGGUGGUUUGAAGUUGAUGGAGAAAUCGAGUUUCCAUUACCUCCAGGGACUUACAGUCUAUUUUUCAGGCUGCAGUUGGGGAAAGCCUACAAGAGGUUUGGUCGCCGAAUCUGCAACCUCGAGCACAUACACGGUUGGGACAUAAAGCCAGUUCGAUUCCAGCUAUGGACUUCUGAUGGUCAGAAUACCACAUCCCAUUGCUUUUUGGGCGAGCCUGGAAAAUGGAAGAUCUACCAUGUUGGAGACUUUGUUGUGGACAAAUCGAAUGCAGCAACAAAGAUCAAGUUCUCAAUGACUCAGAUUGAUUGCACGCAUACAAAAGGUGGUCUCUGUUUAGACUCUGUACUUAUAUACCCAAGUGAAUGUAGAGAGAGGUUAAAGCAUUUUUAGAUCGCACUUGACCUCUGAAGAUAGGACAGUUUCCAUGUAUUAUAGAGAAAGUAGGCGAUGCCUGAAGAAAAACGUUCAAUCUGGAAGCCCCAUGUAUUAAAAAGCAAGGCAACUAGGAAAUGUGAAUAUGUUGUUUCAUUUGUUCUACAUAGUGAGUGUUUUCAUGAUUUGUACAUCUCCAUUUAAAGGGCUUUUUUGCGUCCUGUGGGAUUUUGGUUGAUCAUGCAAGUUGCUAGUUGUAGUAUGAUUGGCUUUUUCUAUCAUUUUGUUGUUUAAAGAGUCUCAACUGGAGUUCCAUUUUUUUCA